GAAAACCAUGCAAUUGUAAGGUUCUCAAAUAAUUAUAAACAAAAAUUUUUAAAGAAUAUUUCAUAAAAUGCUUCAGGAAAAACUUGAGCAAUUAGUUAAAAUGUUGGAAAAACAGGAACUUGAAAACUCAAUUCAAGAUCCAAAGCUCUAUCACGAACUAUUUGCCGCAUAUUUGUAUUUGGACGAUUUAGUUAAUGCAAGGUUCCUGUGGAAGAGGAUUCCGUUAGCUGUGAAAGCUAGCAAUGAAGAACUUGAAAGGAUGCAUAAAGUCUAUGAAGCUUUGUGGAGAAAUGAAAUGAGCGACUUUUUCCAGUUUUCCGAUUACAAGUGGUCGCCUGGUGUUGCUGAAGUGAUGUACGAACUUGUUGAGAAAAUAAAAGCUGAUAAUAUUCAACUCGUAAGCUAUGCUUACUCAUCAAUUCAUGAAAAUGUUUUGGCUGACAUGAUCAAGCAAACAACAGAAGAGAUUACAGAAACUUGCAAACGAUUGGGAUGGGAAUAUUCCGAAGAAGCUACUGAUAUUCCCGAAGUAAAGAAAGUGAUGCCAGAAACGGAAUUCUUUGCUUUAAAAUCUUGUGGAGAAAUUCUUUAA